AUGGCAUUUCAGUAUGAUUUCGCAAAGGAUUCAUCUGAGAUUCCCUGGGCGAAGCUGUUCGAGCAGUUCGAUCAUCUGUUGUACAGCUUAAUCAAUCGACGUGAGGACACACAAGAUCGACCUAUUUUAUUUAUCUGCUAUAGCUUUGGAGCGUUCAUUCUCAAAAGGCUCGAGGACUUGUGCCUCAAAUGUGCCGCCGUGGAGCUUGGGAUUAUCAUGAAGAACAAAAUGAUUGACACCUUACGAACUUCUGAACACUGGACAACCAUUCGAGAUGUCAUGGAAAGCUUUCGCAUCUUAAAUUGCCAGUUCCCAGUGAGAAAUAUUUACGAGCUCAAGCCGACCAAUAUCCCGCGUCGAACACGAGGCAUGAGAAAAUCAAGACAGGAACAGCUCUGCACUCUAAGAGUAUCCUCCUUGGAUUGGGCAAACGAGCAACUUGUGGGUGUUCAAAAAGACCAUGCGGAAUUGACCAUGUACCCUCUUCGAAGCGAUGAGGAUGGCUACUUUGAGCAAUUCAUGGGCAUACUCUCUGAGAUGAUUGAUGAGAUCGCCCCGAGGUCCACGCAGCAGAUAUGGCCCAAAAUUGAGCCCGAUGGUUGCCAAAGUUGGCUCCUGGUGGAAGGCACAGCUCUUAACGCAGGCGGCAGAGCGGGCCAACUAGAAGACGAAAUUUUGAGUUACCAGUCGAUCACACCUCUCACAGUCCGGGAAUCCCUGAUACCCUGUUUCGUCACGACGCCGUAUCAAGAGAAUCCGAGCUUCGUUGGCAGGGAGGAUACACUUACUGAGAUACACAACGUCCUCGCCCCAACCAGCGAUGCUAGUGCCGGACAAAGGGUUUUCGCGCUUACCGGCCUAGGAGGGAUGGGGAAGACUCAGAUUGCAGUACGCUACGCUUUCCAACACAUGGACACGGUAUACAAAAUUGUACUUUGGGCACACUCAGACGGACAGUCGAAACUCUCAGAGAGCUUUUCUCUGUUUGCUUCUGAGCUCGGUCUGGGAGAAGGGAUGACGCACAUGAAAGCUAAGCAGACAGUAAAGGAUUACCUGGCGAGCGUUGUGGUGGAGAUAGAUGUGAACUGGCUCAUGGUCUUCGACAAUGCCGAUAGUGAUGACAAAGUCCAGCUUCUGGCGGAAUUUUGGCCCCAUGGUGAUAAAGGGUCAAUACUGAUCACUAGCCGUGACCAGACAUUGACAAAGCAAUAUCGCGGAAAGAGUCUGAGAGAGCUCAGGGCAGAGAAUGCUGUGGAUCUCCUCCUGAGACUGACUAGCACGGGAACAUCCAAUAUGACCCACACGGUGUCUAUAGAAGAAGGGAUAGCUGCCACCGAGAUCGUCAAAAGAGUAGGGUUCUUACCGCUUGGAAUCAAUCAAGCGGCAAACCUGAUCAUGAAUGACUCGUGUUCAUUUGUCGAAUUUCUCGAAGCAUACAACUUGCAAGAGCUCAUCGAGGACUCAGCCGAAGUCCGAUUGAUAUCGGGCACCAAUUAUAAAUACUCACUUCGAACGGUUUGGAACAUGAACUUUGAGAAGCUUGGUGGUGAUCACAAAGCUCUCUUCAAGCUGAUGGCCUUCCUUGACCCCGAUCGGAUUCAGAUGAAAUUGUUAGUUGACGGAGGAGCUGGGAGCACGAAUCCAAACCUACACUUUAUCAACACAGCAUACAAAGUGAACAAAUGCCGGGCCGGACUCUUGCGCAGCUCUCUAGUCUCACAAAAUGAGCAUAAAGGCGAGCUUCGGAUGCACCGUCUCGUACAAGCUUACUGCCAGCUGAAGAUGACGGCGCAAGAAGCGCAAGCGAGCUUUGAGAAUGCAAUAUCCUUGAUCAGGCAGGUAUGGCCCGUUCCGCAUCGGUCAGAGGUGCAUAACCCGUCAUUGUGGCAAAGUCAAAGGGCACUGCUCCCGCAUGUUCAAAAGCUGUGCGAGUUCUACGUAGCGUCUUGUCGAAAACACCAGCCUCUUAUCCCACACGAUGUGGUCAAUUGGGACUUUCCUUCUGUACUUUACGAAGCAGGCUGGUUUUGUUACGAGAGCGGCAUGCUGGAAUCCGUUUCCGACCUGCUGAAGCCAGCCAAAGAUUACUGCCUCCACCAUCUGGCUGGUGGAGGGGGAUACCGUCUUUUAGCUGACAUAUAUGGAUGUUUCGGAUCUCUAUGCACGGAGUCGAAUCAGUUCCAGAGAGCGUUUGACGACUUUACCGAAGAGUGGAGAUACCUUGAGCUCGCAUUCAAAGCUGGGGAGCUUGAAAAACCUAGUAUUUGGGAGGUUUUUGGCCUAGGAAGGCUUGGUAAUGGUUGUCAUGGGCUGCAUCAGUACAAAGAAGCGGAAACCUUCUAUCGAAGAGCCUUGGAAGCAUGGGGUGAUCUUCCCGGUGACCAGAAAAUCUGGCACGCCCAUCUUGCAACGUGCCUGUGGCUGCAAGGCCGCCCAGACGAAGGAGAAGCAGUCGUACGGGCCGUCAUCAAGGAUCAGAAUGACACUAGUAACUUCAGGACAGCAAUGGCGAUGUAUUCCCUUGGAAAUAUUCAGAUCGCCCAGGCCACAACUCUCACCCUAGAAGGGGAUAAGGAGAAAGCCGAAGCAAAACUCGCCGAGGCAAUGGAUAUCCACGUUAAGGUCCUCAAAUUGUGGACGAUUACGUUGGGGGCCAGACACCACAAAACUGCAGAUGCGAUGUACAAGGUUGGGUGGCAUUUCCACAGACGCCAAGAGUAUCCAAAGGCGAUGAAAAUGCUAGAGACAGCCUUGGACAUAUACACAUGUCAGUCGCAUCUUUUCCAAAACGAAAUCGCUCGGACAAAAUACAAAAUGGGCUGCCUGAAACAGGACACAAAACACCACAGCGAGGGCGCGGCUUUGAUCCGUGAGGCGGAGCGAAUCCGACAGCAAAUAGUCCCACCAAGACAUUGGGAGCCUGCAAAUGGGGAGGAGGACUUUGACAAUAUAGUUCAGUUUUGGACAAGAUGA